GAAAAGAUGAGCCAAAGCAACGAAAAGAUGAGCCAAAGCACUUUAUUUUAGUAUAAGAAAGAAGAAAAAAUAACACACGAGACAUUAAACAUACUGUAUAAAAUAUAUAAUUUAUAUACUCUCUCUAUAUAUGCCACAGUCACCUAUGCCGCCGUCAUGAGCUGUCUUGAGGCGCAGUUGCAGUUUCUUAUACAUCCUUUUGCAGUUGCGUUUCUUGUUCGUUUGAGGUGAGAUGCAGACACAAUCACCAUCAGGCACUUGCCUACACUGUGUCCAACUGGGCCCAAGAGUGAAUGCAUAAAAUCCAACCUGCCUUUUUGUCAAUAUAGGAGCUGCGAACAUGCAGUACUGAGUUGCAGCUUGAAGCUUGAAAGUAUUUCGGGCGACCCCAAGCUUCCAUUACAUAGAAUAGGAGCAGUACAUCACUAAACGCUGGUCGGGAGUUCCAUCAAAUAUGCCAAUGAAUGGCAUUCCAAAGCGCUGAGACCCAACCGAAUGUGGCCCGCAAGCGACGCUUGUGCUUCAAAGAUGCAGAGAUGCUGUUGCUACUUGGGGAACGAGGAGAAUCCUUCUGACAUGCAGUGGGAGCCUGCCGGGGAGUACAACGAGCCUGAGAUGCCCAAAGAGCUGUGGGAGGUACUUGAACCUCACCCAGAGCCUGAGAUGACUUUGGAGCAGGCCGAGAAUAAGGAUAAACCUCAGACACCACCCAUAGAGGGGGCCAGUCUGGAACCUGAAGCACCAGGUUUGGAGCAGCAUGAGGAGAAUGGAGAGCCAAAAACUCGCCAUGUGCGAGCAAGUUCCCAAGAUGAAGCAGAUGCUUUAGGCAGCUUGCUCAGGGAUCUGAAACAGCUUCCUAAGGCUCACACUAACAACUUCUUGCGCUCUGGCACCUAUGCUUUCCAGGCGCCGAAUUCUCAGGGUCCUAGCCUCCAGUGCUUGCAUGAAGUUCUUGAGCUUCUUUGGCCAAAGGUUAACACAGCGGUAGAGAGGUUCAUGACUCAAGAGGUUGAGGCGAAGAUACAAAACAUGCUCCCAGGCCCUUUGAGAAGUUUCUGCUUUCGACACUUCAAGCUCGGGAAUGGCGUGCCCGAGAUUCUUGAGGUGGAAGUCUCGGACACUCCGAGCACGGGCUGCACACGACAAGGCGUUGAGCUGCGUAUCUCAUUCAAUCUGCAGUCGGAAGUUGCGAUUGUCGUGUCCAUGCUUGGUCUUGCAGCAGGCUUGAGCUAUCUUUCCAUGAAGGGCAGCGCUGUGAUUCGGUUGGAACCAUUGCUGAAUGAGCUGCCCGUGGUGGGAGGCAUUGUGAUGUAUUUUGUAGACCCACCACAGGUCGACUUCCGCAUGAACUGGGGUCCGGCUCAAGUAUCAGAAUGGCCACCUGUCAAGAGGCAGCUCCAAAGCAUGUUGGAUUCUGUGAUCACAAGCACACUCCUUCUGCCGAAUGUCAUUCAUGUUCCGCUGGUGGAUGACGAAGAUGUGGUUGACACUGCAGCACUGCGGGAUAUCAAGCCACUGGGUAUUCUGAGAGUCAUGGUUACGCAGGUGUCACCGAUCAAAAAGCGAUUGUCCACAAGGUGGCCGCAGGUGAAACUUGAACUGGGUGCAGAGGAGUGGAUCUGCCCGGCUACCACAUCUCAGCAGUCCUGUUGCUGGCCAAGAAAGCAGCCCAGAGGCCGUAUUUUUGUCCAAGUGCUUGCCUUGACAGGCCUCAGCCCUCUUGGCACCUAUCUCCAAGUGCAAAUGGGUCAGCAGUCCUAUCGCACAGACACCGCCACAGAGGAUUCACUCUGGAGCAUUGGCAUUCCUGUUUCGUUUGAGAUGAACGAUGAAUCCUUGAGGCUUGAAGUGCACAGAGCUGACAACAACUUGUGGCACAGAAGUAUUGGCUUUGUUGACGUCAAGGCUGGGCAGCUGUGGUCCCUAACACCAGGUGUUUGGUGCUCCAGAUCAGAGAGGCUUCAGGGUGCUGAGCAGGUCACCCUGCAGUUUGAAUUGCGGUGUGAGUCUGCUGGCCGGAGAAAUUCGCACGACUUUUUUGUCCACGAUUGGAACCAGAAACUCUCAGUUUCUCUGCGGGAUUUGAGUUGCCUAGUGCCAGCAACUGUGGCAGUGUCCAGGCCACGGAAGGUCUUUGAGCUCUUGGGUCAGAAUACCUGGAAGGUGUACCUUUCUGAUCCAAAACGUGGAGACAUGGUACAGGAGACACACACGGAGGUGGAGCUGUCCUUAGAUUGGUUGGAAACCCUUCCGGAUCCUUUAAGUGAGGAGGUCCAUGACUGUCUGGUUGAAUGUCACUUCGAUGAGGUCUACGUUUCCGAUGUCUCCUUUGUGGGCAACAUGCUGGCCAUGCGUGCUUGCAUUGGGGAGACGGUGCAGCAGACUCGUCUUGCGCAGCGUGGUGAACAAAGCGAGCAGGGCCCGCAGGGAUGGGAGUUUAAAGUUGAGAGCAUCCUGCGGCUCCCUGUGAGUCGAUCAGUUCUUGAGACUGAAGGCCUCAAGAUCGAAGGUGUUGAUGGCAGAGGCAACGUUUGUGCCAUGCGCUUUCUCCAGCCUCCACGCCAGCUCAUGUCCCAGGAACUUCUGCAGUCCAUGGUCUCUGUGAGGUAUUUCGGCCUUGGCAGCACUGUGCAUAAGAUGAGGAGCAUGAAGAAUUCGGAGAAAGACCAUGGAGUCUCAUCACGUGGGAACGAGGUUCGGCUGGACUGGGUGAAUCAAGUCUGGCGAAAGCUACACCCAAAGAUCGUCACGAUCGCGGCUCGCCAACUGGAAGAUCCAUUUGGCCUUUUCACCCAAGCCUUGCGGCUGCAGGUGCCUUUGCCCCUGAAGGAUGUUCACUUCACCUACUUCAUGUUGGGUAAUGCUCCGCCUGAAGUCGGACCCUUUGAAGUGUCUGAUUGGCACCACCCGGAGAACACAUUCAUGGGCAUAGAAGUGAAGGCAGGCUUUCACUUAGACACAGAAGCAAAGAUUGAGAUGAAAGUGCGUGGCCUCACUCUAGGGGUCAACAGGAUUGUUUUGAAGGGUGAUUUGCUACUUCGGCUCGUGCCUGUAAUAGAAGAGAUUCCGGUUGUUGGUGGCAUCGUGGCCAGCUUUCUGAACCCACCGGAAGUGCAGUUCGAGUAUUCCGGACUGGCGCAACACAUGGAUUCCAGCAUCCUGCGGAGACUACUUCAAGCAGCAGUAGGAAGUGCACUGGUCUUCCCUCGAGCGGUUACAAUCCCCGUAGGCACUGAAGAGCAGAAUGUGGACCGAGCUCAGCUUGAUCCCCCACCCAUAGGUGUGCUGCGCAUUUGGGUACUGCGUGCUGCAGAUCUGCCUAGCAGCUGGCCGCUGGGUGCCCUGGGUGCACACUCCCGCAGUCCCUACAUGAGCUUGUCACUUUCGCCUGAAUUGUGGCAGACGUCAGUUGUAUUCCACUCAACAAACCCACAAUGGAACGAAAAGCGCGAUUUUCUAGUUUUUGAUAGGCGUCAAGAGCUAGAGAUCCAAGUGGUGGACAAUAAUUCACUUUUUCUCCGAAAUGUGAUCGCAGUUGCUCUACCUAUUCCGAUCCAUGACCUUGCCUUUGGAGUGGAGGAACCAAUUCCACUGUUUUCUUGCAAGGAUGGUGAGGACGGCAGCCAUUUCGACUCGAAGAAGUCUCCUGCUGGAACUGCGUAUCUUCGCUUUGAGUGGCUGAACUUUGUGAGGAAAGGUCGACGAGGCGCAGAUCCUCGACACUUGCUCAGGGUGAAAUUUGAUGAACUGGGCAUACCCAACAAGCUGUUGGAUGUGGACAAAGUGACCAUUCUGGAUCCCGCCUUCCUGCGGAUGCGUGCAAAAGUGGGUGAGGUCACAAGUGACACGCCGGGAGUGGCCUGGUCCGGGCCAAGUGGCAGAGACCAUGUGAAUGUAGCCGAACCCAAUACUGGCUCAGUGGAAGUUGAUCUCGAACACACACUUUACCUCCUUAUCAAUGCUGUUGACCUGGAUGUUGGGGAACUGGAGCUCCAACUUAUGAAUAAAUAUGAUCAGGUGUUGGGAAUGGCGAGCAUCAAGCUUUCAGAUGUAUUGGCAGCUGUGGGCGGCGGUAAGAAGUGGUCAGCGCAAGACCGCCUCACACUGAAGAACAGUGAAGGCCUGGAUUGUUUCGCUGAUGUGGACGUCUCAAUCCACGGUCUUCGGUUGGCGCAGGAGUGCGUCGCUCCAUACCAGUCCUGGCACUCGCCCAGCCAAAGACGCUGA